ACAAUUAUCAGUAAUUAAUGGCAUCACAAGUCCCACUUAUAUUCUUUAGGCUCCUAAUUAUAAUUAUACUUCUUUUUGGCUAUUCAGCUAUAAUUAGCAGUGUAGCUCAAAAGACACCAAGUCAGUAUGACACUGUUUUCCUCAACAGAAGCAGUUUCCCACCUGGUUUUAUCUUCGGAACAGCUUCAUCAGCUUAUCAGUACGAAGGUUCUGUGAAAGAAGGUGGGAGAGGACCAAGUAUAUGGGAUAUUUACACCCACAAAUACCCAGAAAGGAUAGAGAAUGGGAGCAACGGGGAUGUGGCAAAUGAUGAGUAUCACCGCUACAAGGAAGAUGUGAGAAAUAUGAAGGAAAUGAAUUUGGAUGCUUAUAGAUUUUCUAUCUCAUGGUCCAGGUUGUUGCCAAAUGGGAAACUUAGUGGGGGUGUGAACAAGGAAGGAAUCAAGUACUACAGCAAUCUGAUCAACGAACUCCUAGCCAAUGGUUUGAAGCCGUUUGUGACUCUCUUUCACUGGGAUCUUCCCCAAGCUCUUGAGGAUGAGUAUGGCGGUUUCUUGAGCCCUCACAUCGUAAACCAUUUUAAGGACUACGCAGAGCUUUGUUUUAAAGAAUUUGGAGACAGGGUGAAGCAUUGGAUCACCUUGAAUGAGCCAUGGUCCUACUCUAUAGGUGGUUAUUCAGAGGGGUUUUUUCCGCCGGGUCGAUGUUCUGAUUGGCAAAACUUAAAUUGUACGGGUGGAGAUUCAGGAACAGAACCAUAUUUGGUGUCCCACUAUCAACUCCUCUCUCAUGCCACUGCCGUCAAACUAUACAAGGAGAAGUAUCAGGCGUCUCAAAAGGGCGUGAUAGGAAUAGCGCUGGUGUCAAAUUGGUUUGUGCCGUUUUCUAACGCAAAGCAGCACCAAAACACUGCGCUACGAGCCAUCGAUUUCAUGUUUGGAUGGUUUAUGGACCCCUUGGCAAAUGGUGACUAUCCGCAUAGCAUGCGAUCUCUAGUUGGAAAGCGAUUGCCCAAGUUCACGAAAGAGGAAUCUAAACUUGUUAAAGGGUCAUUUGACUUUCUAGGAUUGAACUACUACACUACUAAUUAUGCAGCUUAUGCGUCUAAUCACAAUUCUGUCAACGGCAGCUAUACAACAGAUGCCCAAGCAAAUCUUACACCCCAACGAAAUGGCGUCCCCAUUGGUCCGAAGGCGGCUUCAGAAUGGCUCUAUGUCUAUCCGGUUGGAAUUCAUGAGAUUUUACUGUAUACAAAGAGAAUGUAUUACAAUCCACUAAUUUACAUCACGGAGAACGGGAUUGAUGAGUUUAAUGAUCCUAAAUUAUCCCUUGAACAAGCCCUUAAUGACACCCAAAGAAUUGAUUACCACUUCCGCCAUCUCUCUUACCUUCGAAAAGCGAUCAAGGACGGGGUCAAUGUGAAGGGAUACUUUGCAUGGUCUUUGCUCGACAACUUCGAAUGGUUUUCAGGUUACAGUGUUCGGUUUGGCAUUAACUAUGUGGAUUACAACAAUGAACAGAAAAGAUACCCCAAACUCUCGGCACAUUGGUUUAAGAAAUUCCUCAAGAAAUAUUAAUGAAACUAUAUGUUAUAUAUAUAUAUAUAUAUAUUCUGAUGGCCACACUUCAGAUCUUACUCUUUAAUCCUAUCAAUAAGAUGUCGUAUAAAGGGAUAGAUUCUCA